AUGACAAGUUUGGCACAGCAAUUGCUUGACAUAAACACCCAAACCUUUAGCACCCUAAGUUUUUCAUCUGAAACUUUGGUUCCCGAAACUUUUUCUCUAGCUAUUCGUCCUUUUAACUAUUUUACAAAUAACUUAUCACCGCAGCAACAGCCAUAUUUGGCUACACAACAGCCAUAUUCGACUACACAAUAUUAUAUGAAUCCUUCGAAAUUGAAUGAACCGACAUUGAGAUAUAAUGAAACAACUUCAUUUUCACCGCAACCAUCAUUUAUUAUUCGUGAUCAAGAAAAUUUAUUUGGCUCUGUAGCUGUUAGACCAAGUUCUUCUACCUCUCCUAAUAUCCUUG